CUCCCCCGAGGUCUUUGUUCUGUCCCCCUUUAACACGCUUGGCUCGGGACGGUCGACUUCUCCUCGCUGGACAAGGGUGGCUGCCUCCUUUUCCACUUGCAGAGGAACAAGUUGGGAGUACAGGCAGUUAAAAGUUUUCGUUUUGUGUGGAGGACCUACAGAUAAUAGCGUGGAAGAUGGAGAAGUACUAAAAGUUAACUCGUUCAAAGGAGGCGUACAUGAGCACUACUGUGGAUCUGUAUGAGCUUAGAAAUGCCCGUAAGAAAUGAGACUGGAGGGUGGACUGACUGUUCACAUUACAGUGUGUUGGCGUCAGCUUGAAAGGAAAAUGAAAAGUGAAUGUAGGGUUUUGCUAAAACGAAUUCAGCAAAACAUUCACUAUUUUGGAGUUUAAAGUAUGUCAUCAUGGCAAAAUUUCGAAGAAAGACUUGCAUCAUUUUGUCGCUUUUUAUUCUAUUUAUUUUCUCCCUGAUGAUGGGCUUAAAGAUGCUGAGGCCAAAUACAGCAUCCUUUGGAACUCCGUUUGGGCUUGACCUUCUUCCAGAACUUCAUCCACCAAAGACCCCCUUGGGAAACAAAGUUGACUUCCAAAAGAGUGAUAGAAUCAACAUGGAAACAAAUACCAAGAAUUUCAAAGCUGCUGGCAUGACUGUGAGGCCACCCCGAACCUCUGAAGUGAACCUGGAGGAACUGCCUCCUCUGAAUUAUUUUUUACAUGUAUUUUAUUACAGUUGGUAUGGAAAUCCCCAAUUUAAUGGUAAAUAUAUUCAUUGGAAUCAUCCAGUCCUGGAGCACUGGGACCCUAGAAUAGCCAAGAACUAUCCACAAGGGAGACAUACUCCUCCAGAUGACAUUGGCUCCAACUUUUAUCCUGAGCUAGGAAGUUACAGCUCUCAGGACCCUUCUGUCAUAGAAACUCACAUGAGACAGAUGUGCUCAGCCUCAAUUGGAGUCCUGGCCCUUUCUUGGUACCCACCUGAUUCCAGUGAUGAAAACGGAGAAGCUACUGAUCACUUAGUACCAACCAUUUUGGAUAAAGCUCAUAAAUAUAAUCUGAAGGUCACUUUUCACAUAGAGCCAUAUAGCAAUCGAGAUGAUGAAAACAUGUAUAAAAAUGUCAAAUACAUAAUAGACAAAUAUGGAAGCCAUCCAGCCUUUUAUAGAUACAAGACAAGGACCGGGCAUUCUCUACCUAUGUUUUAUGUCUAUGAUUCCUAUAUCACAAAGCCUAAAGUGUGGGCCAAUCUGUUAACACCUUCAGGAUCUCAGAGUAUUCGCAGUUCUCCUUAUGAUGGAUUGUUUAUUGCACUUUUAGUAGAAGAAAAGCAUAAAUCUGAUAUUCUUCAAAGUGGAUUUGAUGGAAUUUAUACAUACUUUGCUACAAAUGGUUUUACAUAUGGCUCAUCACAUCAGAAUUGGGCUAACCUGAAAUCAUUUUGUGAUAAGAACAACUUGAUAUUUAUCCCGAGUGUAGGCCCAGGAUACAUAGAUACAAGCAUUCGUCCGUGGAACACUCAGAACACUAGGAACCGCAUCAAUGGGAAGUAUUAUGAAGUUGGUCUAAGUGCUGCACUCCAGACCCAUCCCAGUUUAAUUUCCAUCACCUCUUUCAAUGAGUGGCAUGAAGGAACUCAAAUUGAAAAGGCUGUCCCCAAAAGAACCACUAACACAGUGUACCUGGAUUACCGGCCUCAUAAGCCAAGCUACUAUCUAGAACUAACACAAAAGUGGUCUGAGAAAUACAGUAAGGAAAGAAUGACAUAUUCAUUGGAUCAACAGCUGCCUGCUUCUUAAUGUCUCACUUAUAGUUUAUUAAAUCGCCUAGCUUCAGUAAAUGACUUGUGUUUUAUGUUAUGGAAAGAAAACUGUCAAAAUCAAUGAGCACUUGCUACUGUUACCUUUAUCAGUUAUUUUGUUUUUACUCUUUAAAAGAUUGUAUUACUUGUCCUACAAUGCACAAUACUGUACAAAGAAACAUUUGAUGAGAAAAGUUAUGUUGGUAACAUUCCUGAUGGCAUAAUCUUCUGAAUUUCUGACUGCAAUUGAAGUUUUUGGUUUUUGUUUCAUAGUAGAGAAAAUGCUUGCAUUACAUAAACCAUCUAACAUACAGGUCAGCUGCACCUGUAUUCUGGGUCCAAAGACAUAAGAGUGCGUACAUAUCAGGUACAUAUGACAAUGAAAUACAGACCUACAAUCAGGUGGUAGUGGCGGUUCACACCUUUAAUCCCAGCAUUCGGGAGGCAGAGGCAAGCAGAUC